AUGGGGAUCCAGGGUUCUUCUAGAAGACUCUUCGUCGCUUUUGGCGCAGCCUCCGUUGUGGCAUCUUCCUUACCACCCCGUCAGAGCUACGAUACCAGCCCAUACUUUGAAGCUGUAUCAGAUUACAUCGAGUCCAUCGUCGAUGAUCUGUGGCCCAUUAAUAAGGAAAUUCAUGAAAACCCUGAGCUUGGAUAUGAAGAGUUUAAAGCACAUGAUCUAUUGACGUCCUUUAUGGAGUCUCAAGAUGGGUGGAACGUGACGAGAUCCAUUUACAACAUAAGCACUGCGUUCGUUGCUGUGUUCGAGGGCAGCGGCGAUGGACCAAUUGUGUCCUUCAACGCAGAGUACGAUGCUCUGCCCGGACUUGGGCAUGCCUGUGGGCACAACCUCAUUGCCACGGCUUCCAUCGGCGGAGCCCUCGCCACCGCUGAGAUCAUGCGUACCGAGAGCCUCCCCGGGAAGGUGAUCUUGUUCGGUACUCCUGCCGAAGAGAGCCUUGGUGGCAAGGUCAAACUACUCGAAGCAGGUGCCUUCCGCGAGCACAACAUUGAUAUUUCCCUUAUCACCCACCCCACAGCCGGCGGCGAUUCGCCCUACAUGAUCACUACUUCAACCGACCGCUUCGAAGUCGAAUACUACGGCAAGGAAGCACACGCAGCCGCCCAGCCAUGGGAGGGCGUCAACGCUCAAGACGCGCUGGUCCUCGCUAACAACGCCAUUGCUCUCCUCCGCCAGCAGACGCGGUCCACGGACAAGAUCCACGGCAUCAUCACCUCGGCCGGCACGCGUAUAAACAUUAUCCCCGGGCUGGCUCAAGCAUCUUUCCAGAUUCGCUCCGUUGAUGAUGAGGCCCUUGAGGAGUGGACGGAACGCGUCAUGAAGUGCUUCAAUGCCGGCGCACUAGCUACCGGCGCUGAACUUAAUGUUACGAUGAGACCAUAUGGUUAUUCCAACAUGGUCUCCAACGACGUGCUCGCUGGCUCCUAUGCGAAAUACUUCACAGAGCUAGGCGGCGAGCUCCCGAAUGCCGAUCUCGAUAAGCUUCGUGACCCCAGCGGUAGCACUGACCAAGGCAAUAUCAGCCACGACUUUCCGACUAUUAGCCCAUACUUUGGUAUUGCCAACGAGAACGGCAGCGUCCCAUCUGGGGGAACUCACACUGCUGCUUUUGAAGUCGCUGCAGGUAGUCGGCCAGCAUUUUACAAGGCCAUCAUGGUUGCCAAGAGUAUUGCUGGUGUUGCGGUCGACGUGUUGACGGUUGACGGCAUGCUUGACAAGAUCAAAGAAGAAUUUGAGUCAACACAAAGCAAGCGCAGAAGGAUUCGAUCAGCUUAUUAG